GCAUUUCCAUUUUUACACAGCAAUAACAGUCGUAGACAGAUCAUAUAACUCCUUCUGCUCGUCUUUCGCUCUAAAUCUUCAUCUUCCAAAAUUUUAGUAUCUGGAAACAAAAUUUACUAAUUUCAGCUUUUUGCUCCUUGCUUUACUUUUGCCUUUCGCUUGUAAGAUAAUUCAUUGAAAUAGGAAAAUCUACUAAUUUUUCCCUUUAUUUUGCCUUACGCUUGUAAGAUUCAUUGAAAUAAAAAAUCCCUUUACAACUCUGUCGAUAUUUUGACCCAUUUGCUCAUGAUAUUGGUAUCGGCCUCAAAUAGAAAAUUGUAAGAAUAUUCAUCGUAGGUGUUAACAUCUUAUCUUGAUCACAAACAGAAAAAGAAUUUUUUCUCAGCCCGAAAAUUAUAAAAUGCGUGGGGGCCGAAGAACAAAUUCUCUCCACCGCCUGUACCUGGCGAAAGCUUUUGCCCUGGUGACAGCAGGUGUCGUUUUUUCCUUUCACCUUCAUACCGUCAGCACUCGUGCAGCGCUGCGCGGUGUACGACCCGCACUUACAAGAUCUGGAACUACAAUCACUGAUGCUGAGCGCGCAGAGGCGCUCGACAAAAAUUCCGCGAAAAUCCAGACGCAAGACAUGCAGUUGACCUGGCUGCAGGGGGGAGUGGAUCCCGCAAACAAGCACCAGGAGGCCGAGACACACCAGGAGCGCGCGCUGCAGGAGGUCAGCAGGGUCCGCACUAUCCUUUCAAAAGCUUUGGGGCCAGCGCGUGUUUCGUGCGAAGCAACGGAAAAAAUCUCAAUCGAAAAAUACAUCCGGUCCGAACUUGCGGUGCAACACGCCUGCGAACUCUUGGAUUAUCCGAUUCAGACGAGGUACUAUUAGAGUGUUUUUUGUAGUAUAGCUAUAGUACUGCUAACUCCAUCACGGUUCCUGUCAGCUUCAGAUGAUUGCGAUCUUCAGUUCACAACUUCGAAUCAUAGAAGCUAUCAUUCAAACUGCUGAACAUGCAAAAAUCGCCCCACAUAAAACAAACAGACUGCUGGAACACACGGAACAUGGUCCGAAAUUCCCUGUGCUGAAGGCGAUGCGGGACGAAAUCAAGCACUGCAUGUUGGGCGACGGCGGCUGCUGCACAAGUAGCGACGUCGGCGCACAGACCGCGCUACCACAAGCAGGAGGCUCGAACAUGAAACGGAAACGCUGCUUGUUCCCGGGUGCUGGUCUGCUCGAGAAGAGACGUGCUGAUUUUCGGUUUGCGGAACAGUUGCAGAAGGAAACUAAGCAGCUUGUGGACGAUCUGGUAAGGUACAUGAGAACGGAUCGCGCUAGAUGGUUCCAUCCGGACAAAGUGCACCCCUCACAGGCCGACAGGAUAAAGAUCCAGGCCGAGGAGGUCUAUAAGAGAUUGCAGAACAGCAUGGGUGUCCUAAUGCAAGGCCUUUAUACAAGGGACACAGACCUGGAUCUGCAUCGCGGAAAGGUCUUGCGCGAGCUGAUUGCGCACGAUCUUGCGGCGAGAGAUGAUAUACAAAUAGUCGAUGGUGUUGCAGUUGCUGCUGCGAGUAGCGAAGAGCAAUACUGGAACAAAAAGCACAACUGGUGCAAGGAGAAGAAGGAACUGGGUUUCGGCAAAAAAGCGGCUGAAUUUGGGAAACAACAGUACAAUGACUCGCAAAACGGAAUAAACGGGAACGGCGGAAAUCCACUUCAGGACAACAGUCAACAUGCCGCAACGAGUACUACUGGUACCUGCCGAGAAAACCUUCUUCCUGAUAGACCCCUUAAGCGCGCACGUAUUGUGUUUGCACUGCCCGUGUAAUCGAGCCGAUCGCUCUUCUCGUCCUGUUGCUGACGUCAAAGAACACCAACAUGAACAAAAGGAGCGGGCGCGACGUCGACAGCCGCAAGUUCGGUAGAUCGUUCGUCUGGAAGUUCGCCUACUUGUUCCAGAGGUGAUUCUUCCUCCGGGUGGUGAUUCGCGAACGCCGAUAGCAUCAGAGCAAGCGCCAGCGGUAAAUUUGGAUUUGGUAGUAGCGUGCUACAAGACACACACAGAAGAUUUACUUACUUAGAUUCGGCAGCCUGAACAAAUGCAAAUAAUAUAUGAUAUCAUUACCCAAAAAGAAAGAAAUUCCUUAAAAUUCCUGAAAACAUCAGCAACGGCUAUGCACUCCUCGACUUCGAUUAUAAAAUUCUGUAAAAAUAACAAGCUUAAUUUCGGACAUAGGUAAGAACUAUUCGUGAAGAAUUGAGAUUACGACUACUUGCUAUCUGUAGCUACCUCUGCAUGAACAUGAAGAAUCUGUACAAUAAUUCGCGCACUUUUUACGUAUCAUGGUAAGUUUUGACUUUGCAAAAAACAAAGCUGAGCCACGAACGACGUCAUGUGUUAGUUUGUAUGAUGCAUAAGUCUCUGUAGGAUGUCGAUUUGCUAGAAGAACCGAAUCAGACGAAUAAAUUGCGAAAAAAAAAACGAGCAUGGUGUAGGGUAAAACAUGCAAAAAUGCCCC